GUCAACCCUGUCAAGUCAAGACCUGUUCUGUGACUUCUGUGUUGGAGACCGUGGUCUAUUAUGGGGCUAUUCUAUGAUUGUUAAUCAUAUUCUACAGUUUUAAUCUUUUAAUUAUCUGCAAGUGUUUGCAAAUACGUAAAAUUAGGUUAAUUCAGUGAUAUAGCGUUAGUUUUAUAAAAACUGCAAAAAAGAGGCGACAAACAACGUUAAAUCUGUUAACAAUGCCUGCCGCCGUGGACAAUAACAAACCCGAUCGUUCGGAACAAAUGUGGAAAGUCUUAAAAGCCCACAUUUUGCGGGAACGAGCACGUAAGAAACAAGAAAGGGAAGCCGAAGUCGAAGAAGAACGUCUUCGUAAAGAGCGAGAAGCCCGGGAGCAACAAGAUGUCAUGACACUGGGCGAAACACGCGAACAAAUCUCACAACUUGAAACGAAGCUACAAAAAUUGAAAGAAGAGAAGCAUCAGUUAUUUUUGCAGCUGAAAAAAGUUUUAAAUGAAGAUGACAACAGAAGGCGGCAAAAAGAAAAUAAUGAUGUUUUAGCAAUACAAGCUCUGCCUGCUGGAAUCGUUCACCAACAGCUGUACAUUUCGCCAACGGUGCCCAGAAAUGCAGCUGUUCCACAACAACAGAACACUUUUAAGACUGCUAUUAAGCGACCUCGCAGUCCUAGCCCACAACCAGCAGUAUCUGUUUCAUCAUAUCAUCAAGGUUAUGGGUAUAAACCAUCACCAGUUGGAACUACAGCAUAUCAGAAUUCUCCACAAAAAGAUGAUGGUAGACGCAGCGAGUUAGUGAGGGCCGUAUUAUGGAACAAGACGCCACAAUAUCCCAGUCAACCAGCUACAUUUUACUCAGUGCCUCCACAAGAUAUAUCCAUGUACUAUCCUAUAGGAUCAAUAGCAUCAAGAGAGCCCACGAGAAAUGUUUAUGAACCUCCUAGACCACAAGCUUAUCACCUUGAGCAGAAAUUACCAGAACAUUACUCAUUAAGAGCCCCAUCAUCACAUACGCAUGUUAUUCAUGGGAGUUCUAUACCCCUUAGUCCAGCUCAACCAGCAGCAAAAACUGGUAGCAUUACCGCUGGUUAUCCUGUAAGGAGUCAGCAGCAGUAUCAACAAUCUCCCCCAGCCUCUUUGUAUACAGCGCAAAAUAGACCAUUAUAUCAAUCACCAAAUACUCCAUUAAACUAUCCCACUAGGGAGUAAACGUGAAUGACAAUUGCGCAAUUUAAUAAAUUUUGUUAGAACUUGUAAUUUAAUUAAUCAUAUUUAUGUUUAUAAAUACUGCAAAAAUGUUGUUAACUAAGUUAACUGUAACAAACAAGAAACACUUUAGUUUUACUGUAUAUUGUGCAACUUUUAAAGUUGUAUAGAUUUACACAAGAUGUUAAGAAAUGUAUGCAAAAUUGCAAAAUGAAAUAAACCCAGUGCAUAUAA